GGCCCCGCCCGGCGAUCGGUGAGGCAGGACGUGUCCCGGCCCUCUGCGCAGGGGGUGGGCAGGGCAGGACGGGACACCGCGGCGGGAACACGCCCGACCCGCGUUGUCCGGGCGGAGGCGGCGGUGGCGGCGUGGGGGUCUUGAGGGCAGCGCCCGCAGGAGAUGCGGCUGCGGCUCGGGCAGGUGCUGCCGGCUCUGUGCCUCGGCGCCGCCUUCCCCCUGCUGUGGUACGCGGUGUGGCAGGGGAGUCGAGUGGCACUCCUGCGAGGAGUGAGGAAGGAAAAAUGAAGAAAAAUCUUAGGAGACUGAGAUCCAAGAGAGGAAAUGACUUAGAUAUGUACGAACACCACUUGCUGGAACUUCAGCAAAGACUGUUGUAUGCUGACAAGGAAAAUAAAAAAAGAUCACAUGAACUGAGCAGUGCCCUAGAUGAAAUCAAAAAUAUAGUUGCAAGAAGAAUGAACAUGACAAAAAAUCACACAGGUGAUUUAAUGUGGAAAGAGUUAAACCUCCCCAGAAAACUCCCCAUGCAUCUUACAAAUAUCUACUACUAUCUCCCUCACCUUCGAGAAUAUGAAGAUGCAAUUUUCCCAAAUGUUAUUUUUGGGCAACAGAGAACUGGAGUCUCCCUGGUGAUGGGUAUUCCUACAGUGAAAAGGGAAAAACAAAAUUAUCUGCUUGAUACAUUACAUUCCUUGCUGUACCAACUAUCUGAAGAGCAAAAGAAGGACUGUGUAAUAAUCAUCUUUGUAGCAGAGGUGGAUUCAGAAUAUGUUAAAAGUGUUGCAGAAAGUGUUAAAACCAGCUUCCCCAGAGAAGUCCAGUCUGGAGUCCUAGAGGUUAUUUCUCCUCCUGCUUCCUAUUACCCAGAUCUUUCCAACCUGAAGAAAACACUUGGAGAUUCUGAGGACCGAGUAAGGUGGAGAACUAAACAGAAUUUGGAUUAUAGCUUUUUAAUGCUAUAUGCUCAACCUAAGGGAACAUUUUAUUUACAGCUGGAAGAUGAUAUUAUAGCCAAACCUGAUUAUACUGAAAGUAUAAAAAGCUUUGCUGCUCAACAGUCCCAAGAUUGGAUGGUUCUCGAGUUCUCACAACUUGGAUUUAUUGGAAAAUUGUUUAAAUCAGAAGACUUACCACUCAUAGUGGAUUUUUUUCUCAUGUUCUAUAAGGAUAAGCCUAUAGACUGGCUUGUAGACCACCUGGUCUGGGUUAAAGUGUGCAAUCCAGAAAAAGAUGCAACACACUGUGAAAAGGAAAAGUCAAAGUUACGUAUCCGUGCUAAGCCAUCUCUCUUUCAGCAUAUGGGAAUUUUUUCAUCAUUGGCUGGGAAGAUACAGAAUUUGAAAGACAAAGAUUUCCGAAUAAAUCUGCUACAUAAAGCACAUAAUAAUCCACCUGCAAAAGUGGACACAAGCCUAAAAAUAUACCAGCAAUAUACCUUGGAAAAAGUUUAUAAAGGACAAGACUGUUUUUGGGCUUUAGCUCCAGUGGCAGGUGACUAUAUCAGGUUCACAUUUUUAAAUCCACUAGAAGUUGAAAAGUACUUGUUCAGAAGUGGAGACAUGGAGCACCCUGGUGAUAAACUGUUUAACACUACGGUGGAAGUGUUGCCAGCUGAUGAAACGCUAAGAAAAGAACUGAUUGACAAUGGAAGUAAAUUUAAUUACCCAGCAACCAAAGAUGGAUAUUUAAAAAUAGGGGCUUUUGAAAAUGGUACUGCAGAAGGCAGCAUCGAUCAGGCAAUAGGAAGAAUAAAGGCUAUUCGUUUAUCAGUCAGCUCUGAUUCUCCAGUCUGGGCAAUACUGAGUGAGAUAACCAAGAUGCACUUCCAGUGGGACUGGCUGUGCUUGGGUGUCCUGAUAAUUAGCUCAGUGACUGCAGGAAUGGAAAAUGAAGAAAAUCUGGAUGCAGAUGUUGAAGUGGAGAAUUUUGACAAGCAGUCCCAAGAAGCUGAUGUUGACAGAGAUAAAUCUUCUCUAGAGGUUGUGUACCAGACUCCAAAGCCAACUGGGGAAGUGUAUUUUACAGAAACCUUUGAUGAAGGAUUGUCGGGGUGGGUGUUGUCUGUAACUCUGAAAGAAGACAUGGAUGAUAAUGUUGCUAAAUAUGAUGGAAGAUGGGAAGUAGAAGAGCUGAAGGAAAACGCAAUGCCUGGAGACAGAGGAUUAGUGUUAAAAUCGGUGGCAAAGUAUCAUGCAAUAUCAGCAAUGCUAACAAAAGCAUUUGUUUUUGAUGAUAAACCUUUGAUUGUUCAAUACGAAGUGAAUUUUCAAAAAGGCAUUGACUGUGGUGGUGCAUAUAUUAAACUUCUCUCCAGUAGCAGUGACUUGAAUCUGGAAUACUUUUUUGACAAAACACCUUACACUAUUAUGUUUGGACCAGAUAAAUGUGGAGAAGAUUACAAACUACACUUUAUCUUCAGACAUAAGAAUCCUAAAACUGGAGAAUAUGAUGAAAAACAUGCUGAACGUCCUGAUGUAGACCUAAAAAAAUUCUAUUUGGACAAGAAGACGCAUCUAUAUACUCUUGUGCUAAAACCAGAUGAUACAUUUGAAAUAUUAAUCGACCAAACAGUUGUCAGUAAAGGAAGUCUACUUGAGAAUAUGAUUCCUCCAGUAAAUCCUUCCAAAGAAAUAGAGGAUCCUACUGAUAAGAAGCCUGAUGAUUGGGAUGAGAGACCUAAAAUACCUGAUCCAAAUGCUGUCAAACCAGAUGACUGGGAUGAAGAUGAACCUGCCAAAAUAGAAGAUCCUGAUGCUGUUAAGCCUGAGGGGUGGCUUGAUGAUGAACCACAGUAUGUUCCAGACCCUAAUGCAAAAAAACCGAAGGACUGGGAUGAAGAAAUGGAUGGGGAGUGGGAAGCCCCUCAGAUCCGUAAUGCAAAAUGUGAGACCGCACCUGGUUGUGGAGAGUGGGUGCGUCCCAUGAAGAGUAACCCAAAGUACAAAGGAAAAUGGAAAGCACCUAUGAUAGAUAAUCCUAACUAUCAGGGAAUCUGGAGCCCUCGGAAAAUACCAAACCCAGACUAUUUUGAAGAUCUUCACCCAUUCAAGAUGACUGCUGUCAGUGCUAUUGGUUUAGAACUCUGGUCUAUGACAUCUGAUAUCUACUUUGAUAACUUCAUCAUAUGUUCAGAAAAAGAAGUAGCAGAUCGCUGGGCAGCAGAUAGCUGGGGCUUGAAGAAAUUAGUAGCAAGUGCUAAUGAGCCUGGUAUGUUUAGUCAAUUGGUGACUGCUGCAGAAGAACACCCAUGGCUCUGGGUUCUUUACAUCUUGACUUUAGCUCUCCCUGUUGGUCUAACUGUGUUGUUCUGCUGGCCAGGAAAGAAAUCAGAUGAAUAUAUUGACUUCAAAAAGCCUGAUGUAUCUAAGCAAAUUACAAAGGGAAAACUAAAAGAGACAGAGGAGUUUGAAGAUGAUGAACUAGAAGAGGAAAAAGAAAAGGAAGAUACUGAUGAAGAUGAGAGAAGAGAAAUGGAAGAGACAAAAAGAGAACUUAAAAAGGAUAAUACAAAGAAGAUGGGAAGGGAGGCUCCUGUUUCAGAAGGUGGAAGUGGUGAAGAUACUUAUGAUGAUGAAGAAGAAAGUGGAGUUCCAGAUGAAGAAGAAAAUGAAGUUCCAGAUAGAAGUCAAGAAGGUGAUAGGUCAAAUAAAUCUGAUUCAGAAGAUGAGAAGAAAGAAGCUGAUGAAGGAAUGGGAGAUCGUCCACUGAAAUCAGUGCGCAAAAGAAGAGUACGAAAGGACUGAGUUAUUUCCAGCUGGUGUUUGCAGGUCUAGAGAGAGUGACGGUAACUUUUGGUGUGUCACUUCAGUGGGCCUGGCAGAUUGCUGAGCUUUGAUGGGAAAAGGAGGGGCUCAUUGCUGUUUAACCUCCUAUUUUAAUUCACUGGCCUCUUAAACCAUCCCAGACUUUCUCAAUUCCCUUUUUUAAAGGAUAAAUGUUAUCUGUGAAGAGUUAGCUGGUAUUUCAAAUUCAAAAUAAAAGGGAAAUUACAAGCUGACCAACUGAUUUUUAGGCAAAGAUUCUUAAGAUUUGAAGUUUCUUAGAAAUUAGUAUUAGUUGGAGAUAAACUUACUCUAAAUAUUUUUUUAAAUAAAUGCAUUAUAAUACUUUUGUAGCUCUAGCACAAAAUAAGCUGUUUACAGUUUUUAGCUUAAAGAAGGUGGUAGCAUAGAUGUAGCAUGUACAGCAGUUCACAUUGCUAUGAGAAAAGGUAUUAUUUUCUGUGCAGAGCUAAAUGCAAUAAUUGUUUUGUUAUGAUGAUUUUGUGCUAGGAACAAUUUUUAUUGUAAAUUAUUUAUUUUAGUUGAUCUUGUUACAUGGGUGGUCACCUGUUCACUUUAGGCAUUGGUUGCAGUAAUUUAUUUUCAAGAUAUAUUUUAAAAUAGAAUACAAGUGGUAAUUGAUGUGAUUUGUUUUACUCUUGAAUGCAGGUAUCAAAUCUGCAGGUCAUAUACAGAUGAUUUUUUUUCAAACUUUUAUAGUUCUCAUGUUCCAAACCAGAGUGGUAUAACCUGUUUAUAGAAUACUUGCUAAGUGUAUAUUGUAACCUAAAAAUAUUUAUUAAUUCUUGCUUAAUAUGAAAUUUAUUAAUAUAGAUAAGAAUUUUUGAUGGAUUAAGUUUUUUACGAUGUGAGUAACUUGGGUAUUCUCAUAGUUUAAAUAAACUGCUUGUUGUAAAGAAACAUUGUUUCAUUGAAGUUCAGCUGUAUAUUAAACAAUAAAAUUUCAGUCACCAAUAAACUUGCUGCUUGGCAGCUGCCUGUA